AAAAUCCAUGGAACUGUUUGUCGGCUGGUGACGUCAGCAGCGGUCUGACAGCCGACGUCGCAGCCAUGGAGGAAGUAAGAGUGUUUCCCCUGACCUGUGCCGUGCAAAAUUAUGCAUGGGGGAAGAUUGGCGCGGAGAGCGAGGUGGCCAAACUUGUGGUUGGUGGAGACCCACUGGCCUUCAUAGAGGAAGGCAAGCCCUAUGCAGAGUUGUGGAUGGGCGCUCACCCAAAAGGUGAUGCGCAGAUCAAAGACAACAGGAUUGCACAGACCACGCUGGGCCAGUGGAUCGCCCACUUCCCCGCCUGCCUGGGCUCCAAGGUCAAAGACACCUUCCAGGGACAGCUGCCCUUCCUCUUUAAAGUGCUCUCUGUCAAUACAGCUUUGUCCAUACAAGCCCACCCCAACAGAGAGCUAGCUGCUCGUCUCCAUGCUCAGUUUCCGGAGCACUAUCCAGACAACAACCACAAGCCGGAGAUGGCCAUCGCUCUCACCCGCUUCCAGGGCCUCUGUGGUUUCAGACCAGUGGAGGAGAUCUUGGGAUUCCUCAAAUCUGUCCCAGAGUUCCGUGCUCUGGUGGGAAAUGAGACCGCGGAUGAGCUGCGAUGCAGCAUGGGAGACGCAGUUCAAACAGGCCAGGCGCUGAAGAAGUGCUUCACCAGGAUGAUGAACUGUGAGAAGAAGGUGUUCGUAGAUCAGCUCAACAUGCUCGUCAAGAGAGUCACAGAAGAGGGUGCAGCUGGGAAGGACACAUCAAGCAGCAAUGGCGACCUGCUGCUUCGCCUCCACUCCCAGUACCCCGGAGACAUCGGCUGCUUCUCCAUCUACUUCCUCAACCACAUGGUCCUGGAUCCAGGACAGGCCAUGUUCCUGGGAGCCAAUGAGCCGCAUGCUUACCUUUAUGGAGACUGCAUCGAAUGUAUGGCCUGCUCAGACAACACGGUGAGGGCCGGUCUGACACCCAAAUACAUCGACGUUAACACGCUGUGUGAGAUGCUGAGCUACAGCCCCGCCCCCGCCAGCUCCAAAAUCUUCCCAUGUGUCCAGGAUGCUUCGGACCCCUGCGUUUCUCUGUACGACCCCCCAGUGCCAGACUUCAGCGUCAUAAGGAUACAGGUCCCAGCCUCGGUGAAACAGUACACUGUUGCUCCCGUCGACAGUGCCAGCAUUCUCCUGGUCAUUGAAGGCGACGCCACGGCAACCUCUGCCGCUGCCCUCUCUGACGUCACGCUGAGGCGGGGCACCGUCCUGUUCAUCUCAGCCAACGAGAGCGUCUCCCUGCACAUCACUUCCCAGUCGGGGAUGAACAUGUUCCGAGCCUGCUGCCUGCUGUAGUUGUGAGUCUGUAGCUGUGUGUGAAAGCUCAUACUACCUGUGUUAUUUUCCCUCUGGUUCAACUCAGCAAGGUCUACACAGAUUUAGCCCAAUGAAUGCUGUGCACUUUUAAGUCGGUAGUAUGCUGAGGGAGCUUUCAAACACAGUGCAUCAAUGCCUGUCUGCCCCCCCCCAACCCUAACUCGACCUGCGGACUUCUGUGCCGCCUCCAGCAAUGCUCUUUAGCUCUAGAAUCCAGCAGUAAUCCACUGCUGCUGGAUUUUACCUGGUUUUAACUUUAACUUUUUUUACCUGUAGUGGUGUAAUUACAUCUUAUAGGAAAAGCAGAGGAUGUACACAUCCCAAAAUUCUUCAUAGGUGCUGAACAGAGGACACACAAAAAGAAAAAAAUUCAAAUAUGUCCGUAAUACUGAAUCAGGUCCAAUUUUAAAUGACACUGCUCAGAUCACAUGACCAUUGUCAGAUUCCUGAUGAGGAAUCUAAUGGUUUAUGAUAAAGAUUGAGCGUUUAGACUGUUGCAUGAAAGUUUGUCGUUCACCUUGAGACCAGCAGUUGAGAAAACAACCUCAUUAUAUCCAUUUAAUGGCUUCUGGAGCCUAAAGUCCUUUAAGCUUUCUGAUUGGAAGAAAUUUAAAUUUGAAAAUCCAAAUUCUUUGUUGGAAGUUUGCUGUUCUCAACUAGAGAAACCUCUGAUUCAGCUGCAUACUUCUGGAAGAAACACAAAGAACCCUGUUUCAGCUGAUGAAUAAAAAUAAAAAUAAACACUUUUGAUGAGAUUGUUUACUCAAAAAAUAAACAAAAUCUCUGUCUGCUGAUUAUGGCAGUGAGAUACAGUUAAAAAGCUGAAAUUACUUUAUUUCUAACUGGUUGCCCUUCAGUGUUUCGGACAUUUUUCGUUUUUAUUCCUAAAGCACUUCCAGCUGUAUGUUCUUAUCUUCAAGUUUGACAACAGUAACACACUAACAGUGAUUUACUCACAUGGCACUGAAGCAGGGUAAGGGAUAUGUUUACACUGGUGCAGUGCACCAACACUCACUGCUUUCUGCAACAACAGAACCACCUUGUUGAGGACUGACUGAGCAUGUCUGUUGUAAAAGCCAGCAGUUUUCCUUUUGCAGGAACAGCUGGUGCAACUUCCUGUUUCGUCAUUUUAGUUUAGCUUGAACGAGUAAAUAUCCUCCUCUGGGAAAAAAACCCCAACAAUGUUAGUAUAUUAACAGUUGAGAGUAUAUAGUGUAAUACUGAGAUGCCUGUGCAUGUUUGAUUUAAAGCAGUAAUACUGGAGACAGUGUCAAGUAUUACUGCUUUUAACGGUUACCAGCGCAUGAUUACAGUCUGGAAACUUCUCCUCUAAAGUAGUGAACAAUCAUAAAAAUAAAACAGAAAACAAAGCAGGAGCGAAGCAAAAGGGCCGCUAACUAUUUUCAUGUCAUGAAGCACGACAACAUGGGAAUAAGAUACGCAUAUUGAUUAAAACUCCCAUUUCUAUAAUAUAUGAUUAAAAAUGCGCUACUGCUGCUUGUUGCAUACUUAAACAAUUCGACCACGGCCGGUUUACACGUCCAUGUCUUGUACAGUUGUACAACAAAAUGCUGCAUUCAGUUUUAUAGUAUUAAAGGAACAAUCAAGUCUGUAUUUCUUCGUAUUUGGAGCCAAAUUUUUCAGACUCUGCAUGUUUUUGUUGUUUGUACUGAUUCAUCAUUACCUGUCAUUAAAUAAGAGUUAAACCCUGUAACCACAGUGUAUUAUAAGGGUUUAUGCCAUCAUGGGGUGAGUGGUUUAUCUCUAUAGUGAAAUCUUUUAUGGUGACCAAUUUCCAACAUAUCGGUACAAAAAAGCUUGAUUAUUUCAGUGCGGUGCAAACUUGUGCUCAAUAUUCCAGUUCAUACCAGGGUCAGUCUGAUUUCAAUCAGUUCUAAAAUGGACUUUUCUUGUUGCAACAAUUUUUAUAGGUAAUCUUGAGUCAAAUAUUUGAGAAUGAAUGCACUAUCAGCCUGCCAACCCACCAGUAAGUAAAUAUUUCUCUGUUUGGUUUGACUACAGUGGACUGAGCCAACACUGGUGAUGCUUUUACUGACUUCAGUGAUCUUUAAGCUUGUCCUUUAUAUAGAUGCAAUAAACCUUUAGCUGUUUGUUGUUGCUAAGAUUGUUGAAAACAUGUGAGAAUAUUAAGGAAUAGUGUUCAUUUUUCAAAUCACUGCAUUUUUGAUUAACAAACCAUUACCUCAAAUCCAUCCUUCUGCAUCUCUAGAACCGUACAGCCUUUAGUUAUUUUUGUUAACAACAAACCUUUUUUUCAAUCUUUUCCUCAGUGUUUCAACUUCCAUUCAACAAUGACAACUUUGUUACUGAUCUUGUUUUGUCACAUUUUAGUUUAAAUACUGUACAUCCAGGACUUUAUUCUGAAGUCAUUUAGAUUCUUUUUUUUUGUUUGUUUGUUUGGGGUUUUUUUUAAAAACAUUUUUCACAUUUAACUCAUGUCCUUCAAAUGCACACUAAUCUGAAGGCCACAAUGUUUAACCUUAAUUCUUUUAUUUAACUAUCAAGUGAAUAUUUCUUGGAAAAUUUCUCUAGUGAAGGCAUGGUUUAGCAUUUUUGAUGAUUAUGGUGAUGCUGUAGCCUGGGACUGCAGAGAAAGUCUGUAAUGUUCAAGUGGUUUAAUAAAGCCUUGUUCUGUUACUACA